UCACCGUCAUUCAGCGAAAAACGGUGGUUCUGUCUUCCUGUGUUACCGCCCUUGGUAUGAGUGAGAAAGUAAGCGUUCAUUGGUGAGAUUGGGAUUAUUUGGCACUAUUUGUCGGCUCCCAUUAUCUAUAGGUUCCGGCUAGCACCUCCACUCUACUCAGCGCUGAGCCUUGAGGAGCUGUUCCCCUUCUGCCGUGCAUCAGGAGCGCGUAGCUCGCCGUCCACACAGCCACACAGCCAUGGCGUUGUACAAGAAGGACCUGGGCAAAUACAAGGACCUCGACGAGGAUGAGAUCCUCAACAACCUGUCGGCUGAGGAGCUGAAGCAGCUGGAGACGGCCCUGGAAGAUAUGGAUCCAGAGAACGCACUGCUGCCAGCCAGCAUGCGGCAAAAGGACCAGACCGGGAAGAAGGCCACGGGGAACUUUGACCGCGACGGGCUCCUUACCUACCUGGAGAAGGAGGCCAUGGAGUACAAGGACCGGGACGACGUGGUGCCCUUCACCGGCGAGAGGAAAGGAAAGGUGUUUGUCCCCAAGCAGAGGCCCAUCGAGUCCCUGCAGCAGGAAGUCACGACCCUUGACCCGGAGCUAGAAGAAGCUCUGUCCAGCGCCACGGACACAGAGCUGUGCGACCUCGCAGCAAUUUUGGGGGUUCAUACGUUGGUCACCAGCACUCAGACGUACGACGGGACCUGCAAGGAAGGCUUCAGUAAUGUCAUUAAAGGGGAGAAGAUGGUCCCCGUCUUUGACGAGCCCCCCAACCCCACCAACGUGGAGGACACCCUGCAGCGGAUAAAGAGCAACGACCCCUCCCUCACGGAGGUCAACCUCAACAACAUCAAGAACGUUCCCAUCCCUACUCUGAAAGAGUUCGCCAAAGCCAUGGAGCACAACACCCAUGUCAAGAAGUUCAGCCUAGCAGCCACACGGAGUAACGACCCCAUAGCUGUGGCCUUCGGAGAGAUGCUACGGGAAAACAAGGCGCUGGUCAGCUUGAACCUGGAGACUAACUUCAUCACCGGCGUCGGAGUGCAGGCACUGGUGGACGCGCUGAGAGACAACGACACUCUCACAGAGAUCAAGAUCGACAACCAGAGGCAGCAGCUGGGCACUACGGUAGAGAUGGAGAUAGCCAAGAUGUUGGAAGAGAACCACAACGUCAUCAAGUUUGGCUACCACUUCUGCCAGCAGGGGCCACGGGCCAGAGCUGCCGCGGCCAUCACCAAGAACAACGACUUGGUCCGCAGGAGGCGAGUGGAAGGGGACCAGUAGGGGCGGACGGUCUCCCGGCCAAUCCUAGCGUCUCAUCUCACCAUGUGGAAUACUUUCAGCCAAUUCCCUGGUCUCAUCUCACUGUGUGGAAUUUUAAGUCUUGUGCCAAACCAUGGAGCAAGGCAUCGACCAGAACCAACAUCUGAGCAGAAGGGAAAUAACUGGAAUCGCCCUCUCCUGUAAACUUAAGCUCAUUCUCAUUUUUAUUGUUAUGUUACCGCUGUAGUUUUUAGUCAUUCCAUUUUGGUUGCUAAUUUGUCCCUUCGUGAGCCUAUAUCUGUACAGACUCAUGUUCGAGUUGUUUUCUCUUGUUCAACCUUAUGUUUAGUUUCUUUUUAUACUGUACCAUGAGCGCGUUGAACUACACGGUCAUAAUAACCAAGUAAGGGCACGUGUAACUUGUAACCAUGAUCUAAAUUAUAAUAGUAACUGUACCACCCAAUGCUUCCAUUGGGGGCGCCAUAGAUCUUCCACGUUUUGCAGACUUACUUUGUGUUAGCUGAGCUUUUCUACCGCCAACGUCUCUGUGGUUCAUAUGUGCAAGCAAAGCAGAGGCAGGCCAAGUCAGGCCGGCAUGUUGAACUACAUACUGGUGACCCUUAGCAAAUGGUUUUGACUUGGCUGUGGCAGCUAGCCUGCUCCCAAUCCUCAUGGUCAUCCAUUGACAAAAUUGUCCAUCAUCCAUGUAACACAGGCCUUGUUCUGUCCAAGGAUUGCCCAUUGGAUGAGUGGUACUGGCUUUGUAGGUAACAAGGUUGAUAGCAAGGCGGGUUGUUGCAGUGGAUUUGGAAGGGACCUGAAUGGCUAAUGGACAAUAAUGGCUAAUGGAUACACCAUUAGGUUUUGAGCUGGUAUAUGUGACUGUAUGUGUUCCUUAUAUUGCUAAACUGACGCUAAUCCUUGACUUCAUGUAAACCUACUGUAUGAUCAUGGCAAAAUUGGGUUCACAGGGAUUAAAGUUAUCCGUCGCUACGACGGAUUUCCGUCA